AUGGACAAUGCCACCGAAUACGGUGCUGAAGUCCAGAGACUGGCCGGAGAGAUUGACGACGCCCUUGACAUUCUACGCAUCCACAACCCUAAAGAGGAUCCUUUCGAGCUGCUGGACUAUGGAAGCGAUGAGGACACCAGUGACGAAGAAGACGAUGUGUCAGAUAUCAAAGACUGGCCCGAAGACAUCGUGGAUGCUUCUGGCCCAUAUGACCACAAGCUGUUGCCAGAAGGAACUGUGCCUGUCAUACGAGUUGACAACUAUUUUAGCGAAAAGUGGAAAGCCAUGAUUACCUCGCUAAGAUCCCAGAAGCCAAUCGACCAGCCAAAAUUCAUGGAAACAAAGCUCCAUGACUACCAGCGCCUUGGAGUUGCCACUUCUUUUACUUUCGCAUACUGGCACUGGCUGAUUGUCUCUGUCCACAGGAAGCUGAAGUGGAUCUUGGAGAAUGGUCCUUUGGAUGGUGCCAUACUGGGGGACAUGAUGGGCCUUGGGAAGAAGAUCCAGGCCAUGACAGCAUGCAAGCUUCUACAGCACCAUAGAGGAUGCACUAACUUGAUUGUGACUUCGGCCUCGUCGGCUCCGAAAUGGGAGGCGGAGAUUAUGCGCCAUCUGAAUGAGGUACAGUCCAAGCUGCUCUACCCUUGGCAGUUUUAUGACCUGCCCUCAUUUAUGCAAGUCAAGAGUGGUAAAUGGGCUUGGGUGAUUGUGACCUACGAGCAACUGGUGCAGCUGUUCAAAAAAGCGAAAAAGGCCGAGGAAGCGGCCACCAAGGCCAUCGAGAAGGGCGAGCCAGCCGUCAAAGAAGACUGCAGCUUCUACUCUCCGGGAUGGGACCUUGCGAAUACCUUGAUUCGAUUCCUGGUCGUCGACUAA